UGAGCAGGGCCCGGAGCCGCUGCCGGGGCCCGGGCCGGGAUCGGGCGCUGCCGGGCCGGGAUCGGGACCGACACCGCCACCGAGCCUGUGUCAGGGGGGUUCGGAGCGCGUGCCGGGGUUCGGAGCGACCGGGGCCGGUGCCAGGGGACGCAGGGCCGGUGUCGGAAGCCGCUGCUGGCUGAGCCGGAGCCGCUGUCGGUGAACCCGGGGCGGGUGUCGGGGAUCCCGGAGCCGGUACCGUUGAUCCCAGGGCCGCUACCGCUGGCCCGGGGCAGGUGUCGGGGAUCCCGGAGCCGGAACCGGUGACCCGGAGCGGGUGCCGGUGACCCGGGGAGGGUGUCGGGAGUCCGGAGCCGGUGCCGGUUAUCCCGGGUGGGUGUCGGGAGUCCGGAGCCGGUACCGGUUAUCCCGGGCGGGUGUCGGGAGUCCCAGAGCAGGUGCUGGUGACCCGGAGCCGGUACCGGUUAUCCCGGGCGGGUGUCGCUGACCCGCUGCCGGUUAUUCCGUAGCCGGUACCGGUAAGCCAGAGUGGGUGCGGGUGUCCCAGAGUAGGUACCGGUCACCCGGAGCCGGUGCCUGUUACCCCGGUACGGGUGACCUGGCUGUCCCUGCCUGGUCCCGGCUGCCUGUACCCCCCUGUCCCCGGUGGUCCCGGUGCCAGUCCCGGUGACCCAGGGCGUGUGUCUCUGUCCCUGCCCGGUCUCGGCUGCCUGUGCCCGCUGUCCCCGGUGCUGCGGUGUUCCCGGUGCCGGGAUGUACGCGGCAGCUGCGGCGGGCGGGCGGCGGCGGCGCGGGGCGGCGGCGCUGCCGAAGCAGCAGGAGCGCAGCCUGGCCUCGGCGCUGCCCGGCGCCCUCGCCAUCACCGCGCUCUGCACCGCGCUGGCCGAGCCCGCCUGGCUGCGCAUCCACGGCGGCACCUGCGCCCGCCAGGAGCUCGGCGUGGCCGAUGUGCUGGGCUUCGUGCAGCCCGAGCUACUGCGAGAUUUCUGCAUGAACCCCCAGACUGUGCUGCUGCUCAGGGUCAUCGCUGCCUUCUGCUUCCUGGGCAUCCUGUGCAGCCUCGGCGCCUUCCUGCUCGACGUCUUCGGGCCCAAGCACCCGGCGCUGAAAAUCACGCGGCGCUACGCCUUCGCUCACAUCCUCACAGUGCUGCAGUGUGCCACGGUGAUCGGUUUCUGUUACUGGGCCUCGGAGCUGCUCCUGGCGCAGCAGCAGCAGCACAAGAAGUACCACGGCUCGCAGGUGUUCGUCACCUUCGCCGUCAGCUUCUACCUGGUGGCGGGGGCGGGCGGCGCCUCCAUCCUGGCCACGGCCGCCAACCUGCUGAGGCACUACCCCAGCGAGGAGGAGGAGCAGGCGCUGGAGCUGCUCUCUGAGAUGGAGGAGGCUGAGCCCUACGGCCCCGACUACGAGGUGGUCAAUCAGUUCCAGCCGCCGCCCGCCUACACGCCCUGACCCCGGCGUGGGGCGGGAC